UCUUCGUUACAAAUUGGCAACAUCGUAAAAUCACAUAACCUCAAUUGUCUCUAUCUACAUGUAAAAAUGUUCAAAAAAUUCGAUGAAAAGGACAGUAUUUCCGGAGUGCUUCAAUUAAAGUCGUCCGUGCAAAAAGGAAUCAGGACAAAAUUGAUCGAAUCGUAUCCGCAUCUUGAGCACCACAUAGAUGCGAUUUUACCAAAAAAAGAUGCACUGAGAAUAAUUAAAUGCCAUGAUCACAUUGAAAUAAUAGUAAACACAGCUGGUGAACUGUUAUUCUUCAGACAGAGAGAGAGCCAAUGGAUGCCCACAUUAAGACUGUUCCACAAAUAUCCAUUCUUUUUACCAAUGCAGCAAGUUGACAAGGGGGCCAUAAGGUUUGUAUUAAGUGGAGCAAAUAUUAUGUGUCCAGGUCUAACUUCUCCAGGAGCUCAAAUGACUGAUGUUCCUAAAGACACAGUUGUGGCAAUCAUGGCCGAAGGUAAAGAUCAUGCUCUGGCCAUAGGAAAAACAACUUUAUCAACUGAAGAUAUCUUGAAAGUGAACAAAGGAAUUGGCGUUGAAAACUGCCAUUAUUUAAAUGAUGGACUUUGGCACAUGAAACCUGUAAAAUAAUUAUUUUGUAUAAUAUGAUGCAAUUAAAUUAUGAUUUGUA